CGCCCACUCACUCCACAAGGAACAAGGUGACUCAAGACUAGAGUGGAAAUUUGGAAAACACUUUUUCCCUCGACAGGAAGUCUCUCACUACCUCACAGAGAAGAUGCUUUCUUGCGGACUACUGUACAACUGCCUCUGUGAAACACAUCGAUAGAAUGAGUAAAGAAAGUACAAGGAUAGAAAUGGACCUGGCCUUUGGCUUUUCAGGCAAGGCGUAUGGCUCCUCAAGGAGUAUUGUGAGAAGAAUAGCCACCAAUCUUCCCCUUAAACCAUGCCCCAGGGUCCAUUUUCAGCUCAAUUCUUACACUGAGGAAAGUAGUGUCCUGAACAGCGCCGGGAUUCCGACUGGACUGGUGGCCUCUCUGGUCGAUGUCGGCUGGAUCGACGAGGAGGAAAAUGACUGGUUUGGAUUUGGGAGAGUGAGGUCAGAGGCACCAUCAGGGCUCAUGUUCCGUUCUCACCCACCUCAGCCCAAACAACAACCUUUGCCCAGACGGAGGUCAUUACCCAGCCUGCACAAGGCCAAGCCGGAGCCCCAGGGUCAGACCCGCAGCAACGAUGAGGCCAUCCAGAAGAUCAGUGCUCUGGAGACGGAGCUGGCUAAACUCAGAGCCCAGAUCGCACAGAUAGUACUGACCCAGGAGCAGAACACACUGACACCAGCCCCAGGUGGUCCUCCUGCCCCAGGCGGCCCUCCUCCUCCACCCUGUGUCCCUCCGCCUCCCCCGCCGCCUCCUCCCCCUCCUCCACCCCCACUCAUUGGUCUCCAGCGGAGCUUCUCAGUCAUUGACCUCAUCCAGGAGCGCCGUGGGAAGAAGACUCCGGGCAAGGCACUGCUGGACCAGGGGCCCAAGCAGGUAGAGGUCCCCAAUAUGCUGGACGUGCUCAAAGACAUCGGCAAAGUCAAGCUGCGCCCCGCCAAGAGCCGGCCAGAGGAGAGCCAAGCCAAACCCAGUGAGCCCACAGAUGCUGCGUCUCUCAUCGCUAAUGCCCUGAAGCGCAAGUUCGCCCAUCGCUAUCGCCACAACAGCAAUGAGGACAAUGAGUUUGACUUCCCAGCCUCUGAACUGAAACCUUUCUGUUCUGAAUUCCCCAAGACCGACAAGAAAGUAGAGAUUCCCCUGGUAAGGCAGCCCCGGUUGAAAACCCCAGCCCCUGUAGUGAAACCACGCCCAGAGACCCCCCUGUUUGGACAGCACAUGUUGAAAUCUACUGGCAAGCGAAAUCUCCUCUGAGCACCCACAGAGAUGGGCUGGAAUUCUGGACUUGGUCAGAGUUCUGGACCGUCAGACAGCCAUGGACAUUUAAGUGCCUUAUCAACCGGUGUGUCAGCAGUCUCUGGAUGGACACCGGGUUUCUGACUAGAUAUGCAGUCAAUCUGCUCUCCAUUCCUGCUCACCAACAGUGUUGCAUUGCCUCAUAGUCUUCUUCAGUUCUUGCACUUUGAUAACAUACAGGAUCCGUUUCCGUGUACCACAGAUUUUAACUUUUUGUUUGAAUUAAAUGUCUAUUUUUGUCUCUUAGUUGACUGCAUUUUCAAAGUCUUUGAUCUUAAAGGUCCAAGUUUGUUCAUCAGACUUUCUGUACAUCUUGAUAUUUUAUUUGAAUCAAAACUAAAUUACAAUAUGAGGCACACCAGUGUUUUAUGUUCUGGAUAAACACUCUGUAACACUACAGAAUCCUAACUUUCUCUCAACUGACAACUGUUAAUAACUACAUGUAUUUAUGGGAAUGAACCUUCUCUAAAUGCACAUAGAUGUAAAUGGUUAUCCUUUUUGCAUGCCCUUUUCAAGGCAGUUGUAUUUAUCUUUGUCUCACUGGGUAUUUGCUGUCUACUGCUUGCUAUGGGUAGAGAGAAAUGUAUGCAGAGGAGUGGGAGCACUUUGUCAUUUGGUCCCUCUUGUAGAGUAUUAGGCUGUUUUUGUAAAUUGCAUUCUAGUCAAUCUAAUUUAUGAUUUUUAGAACACUUAUUUAUGUUUAGUUUGAACUGAAUUUAGAGUUAAUACUUGAUACAAAUAAUUAUGUUGUAGCUGUUAUCAAUGCUAUCAAAGCAAGUAUGGUUGAGAUGUAAUUGUAUUUGUUUAGUUUUAGACUGGCUCUCUUUUUGCUUUAAUAAGUUGAACGGGAACCAGUUCUGGAAACCCUGUUACCAUACAGUACCUCAGUAUGAAGACUGGACCAAACGAAUCUAUGGUGACAGUGUUGUCUUAAUGCAUUCUGGGGGGAGGGGAAGAGAAAUAUGCUAGUGUUUGACUAAAGCUGUAACACUAGGAUAAUCUACCAAUACUGGGCAGGAUGUUGACAUUUUUUUUGUUCCAAUGUGUGUAUUCGAGAACCAUGGCAUUAUUAUUCAGUUGUAUUUUGUUUAUAUGAUUCGAAGCCAAAUAUAAGACAAAUGGCAUUCUGGGAGGUAGUGUUACUCAACAACAAGCUGAGUGUAUUGCUCUUUUUAUAUCCUUAUGAUGCCUUGAAACAAUUUUCCUUAGUAUCAUAUCAAAUAUUUCAUACCAUGAAGAGUUCCUCUUGGAUAUAUUCUGAUAGUUAAGAAUGUCAUACUUUAUAUUUUUUGUGGAAUUAAAGGUGUCUGCACACCUUGACACAGAUAUAGCAUUAUUGAAAUGGCAUGACAGAUAUGACUGUUUGGGCGGGAAACAGUAUUUAGGAUACAUCUAACACUAACAUGUAUGAUUGUGGUUUAUUUAUCUUUAGAAGAUGAGGAAUGGCCAGUGUGUUUAUCAUUGACAUACUCUAUGUACCGAUAUCUAUUUCCUGCUCAGUGUGUCUAAGCGUUGAACUUUGGCAUGGUGGGAGAAUUAUAAGGGAACAUGGACAACUCAACUGUCAGUGAUACUUGAUGUAAAACCUAACUGUAAAACACUAGGGAUCUGUGUUGUGAAAUGUCUUCCAUACUUGAAAGAAAAAGUUAUGUAAACAGACUGGAAUCAUCAAAUUCAUGAAUAAAACCGAAAUGAAACUUG